CCAGCAAUUCGUCAUCAAGCAUCUCACUUCUGAGAAGGGAAAGAAGUUGAAUGGCACUCGCUGUUAUGUGCUGGGCAUGGAUGCGAUCACUCCCACCGACUUCAUGGACAAACGCCUGCACGUCAAGUCGCUUUCUUCUCAGGAUAGUACGCUCAUAAAAUUGAAGUACAGUAAUCUGCUCGAGCCCAAACUGCACAGCGAAGGACAAUCAUUUUGCUCGCUGAGCGAUUAUGAGAUCACAACCUGCUUGUGGAAAACCUUAAGAACUCAAAAAGAGCUGAUGGAACCUGGUAUCCGACGAGUCAUGCAGAGACGGUACAAAUACAUCCGCACUAACCUCCACCAGGGGAAAGUCCCCGCGCCCACCAAAUGCAUGAGUCUGUUCAUAGAUGAGAAGGAUAAAUCGGUCGAAGAACACCUAUUCACCGAGCUUCAGCCGACGUGCACGGGUGAUACGGUGGUGGACUUUCACAGAUUUGCGGACGGUCUCACUGGCAAUGGCGACAUGUGCGAUGUGUGCUUUGACGAACUGACCGUUGGAUGUGAGAUCUUCGCCAUGCCGUGCCGCCACUUUGUGCACAAGCGAUGCGGCAUGGCGUGGUUCACUAUACCGGGUAACGAACGCAUCUGCCCGUGUUGCCGGCAGAAGACACCGGUGAGGUACAAGUCCUACCUGCGAUAUUCCCACGUGUUCCUGCAGAAGCGCAUGGACGAGUGGGUGGUGAGUGGCAUGUGUGAGCGAUGCCAGCAAUGCUAUCACGAGGCUUCGCCGAUGGUGGCGAUAACGGGUCCGGAUGGCACAGCUGAAAUGGUCUCACAGGCUGAACUCGAGGCGUACGGAAUGAGUGUCUGACGAGAUUAGGCCGCGCAUUGGCUUGCAGACCCAUACCCGACCGCUUGCUGUGAAUCGAAUCAGUUUAUCUGGACGAAAUUGCCGUCGGAACUUUGCGUUCGCCUUUGUUUACGGAGCUUCCCGUGGCACACCUGUGGUUUAUCCUGUCACACUCGAUGUGCCGCAACGAGAUAUGCAGGACAAGAUGACAUCCACUCUUGGACAUGCGCGCAUAUAUUAAGCAUAUAUUUUAUACUGAGAUAUCUUGCUGGUCUCCUGUACUCGCUCAUCUCCAAGCGAGUCGGCAGCACCCCAAUUCUGCCUGGUAUAUGUCCUUAUUGAAACACGUGUGGGCCGUCUUUGAGUCUCUUUUUUAGGGCUGGGAUGUUGUGAGCAUGCGUAUAGGAUUGUAAGAUAACGUAUGGACGCUCUGUUUGUAUUCAAAUAGAGGUCCCCUACUGAUUACGCCGCAAGCUUACAUCACAAUGCAUAUGGUACACGAUCAAUUUGAUAAUCUGGCAAACUCCGAUCGAAGCCCUUCUGUACUACAAUAGAUGUCAUAUGACAGAUUUUGAGAGUGCGAGAAGCAGCGCAUGGGUUUGGACAGUUUUAAAAUUCUGCCGAUAUGUAUCGUAUCCCAGGUAGCAGAGGUGCACAAAAUCGUGAUAUACGCACGACAUGUGGACAUGUAUGUACAAAUAUAUAAUAAAAU